AAAGGCGAUGUUUCUAAAAAAAAGUUUUUGUUUGACAAAAUUAGAGUGGCAAUUGAGGGAAAUUCAAAAAUGCAUGUCAUUGGUAUUCUUCUCACAAGGAAGAUAUAAUUUAUAAUUUUUAUUUAUGCCGAAAGUACACAUGUGUUAGGAAAAACAAUAGAUUUCUAAAGGCAAAAAAGUACUAGUCACAAUUAUUCAUUUUAUUCAAUGUAUUCUAAGUUAAUUAAAAAUUUCACGAAACUAGUGUUAUCGAAUAACAAGUCUAUUAAUUACACCUUUGCUAACGAACACGAAUUACUUUGUUUCUCUAAAAAAUAAGGACUCGAAGCGAGUAACUUCCGACAAUUUAAAAGAGAUAUUUUGAACAUUUCCUAAUAAAAUGCUAAUAUGUCAUAUAUGAUUGAAUUAGUCUAUGAACUCUUUAAUUUUACUAAACAGAAAGCAGUCUUAACGAUCCUUAAAACGACCGGUCAUUUUGUGCCUAAAAUUCUUCUAAUGACAGAAAAACAACCAUCCAUCCUAAUUGUAUGGUCGUGAAAAAGUAUUGUUUUGACAAAAAUAUUGGGAAAACUACCAUACUGGUGAUUUUCUAGACGGUCGCUUUUCGCAGUCGUUUUUCGAGUGAUCGUUUUGCGGUCGUUUGUCCGGUAAAUUUUUGACAUAAAACGACAGGUUGCUUUUCUAGUUGUUUUACGGUCAUUUUUCGAGGUCGCAGGGUUUGAUAGGAUAAUCUUGGAAAAUUUCUUCGUGCAUCAUGAUCAUUGAUCAAUAUGAUCCAAAUUAUGUCUUGAAAAUUUCUUUAAAUUUCCACAACCACGGGAAAUAUUUAGCUCUUCGGUUUCUAAUGAACUACCUUGUGUAUUUCAAUUCAGAAUUUCUUAACAAAAUUGUUUAGUUUUAUAACAAUGUAUAUCAAGUUAUCGGAAGCACAGUUUUUUAAACGUAACGUAACUCUUUAAAAUUUUGCACGUUUAAUUUCUAAUUUAAAAUAUCAAUCGAUGAUUUGACUGCAUGGACCUCACACAGUUAAACUUUUAACAACUGUGCGACGGCACUGUCAGUCAAUUUAACGCCGUAAUAAACGUUAGUAUUAUUUUUGAUUUUAUAUAUUUAAAAAAAAAUAGUUCUGUUUUUUAUGGCACAAAAUAAUAAUUUAAUAAACCUAUAUAAAAUUUUAUGUUAAUUUAUACUAAAUAAUACAGAAACAAGUGUCUUGACUAAUAGCGUGCAAGUUUCCCAUUUAAAAUGAAGACUGAAAUUAUGAUAUGUCAAUAUUUUGAACAAGAAAUGAAAAAACAUUAAAUCUCAUUCCUAAAUGAUAUAGUGUUGUAAAAGAAAAUAUUAAGAAAAGUUUAUUACCGGGUUAUAUGAGUUAUUAUGGGUUUUAUAUGGGUUAACCUUGCUUUUUAUACAAGAAAAAGACACAAGGAUCCUUUCAAGUAGGAAUAACAAAAAAAUUCUUAUUUUCACUUUCAUCACAUGACGAUGACUUGUUUGUUAAGGGUACAAUUUUAAAAAUGGACUACGAAAAUGAUAUUUUCAUACGAAAAUUUGAAUUAGAAUGUUGCAAUAAGACUUUAACCUUAUAUCAGAAACAAGUUGGAAAUGUAAGUUGUAUAGUGUGGGACGCAGCUCUCGUUUUAGCUAAAUAUUUAGACAUAUCUUGUCAAAAAAAUAAAUUCGGAUCAGAAUGGCUGCGUGGAAAAAAGAUUUUGGAACUUGGAGCUGGUAUUGGAUGUGUUGGAAUGACGGCUGCCUGCCUAGGAGGCGAGGUAGUUAUGACUGACUUACAAGAAGCGUUGCCAAUCUUGCGAAAAAAUAUUGAGAAAAAUAAGAAACACUGGGAAACUGUUGGAGGUUCUGCUGAAGGUCAAGUUCUUGCUUGGAAUAAAAAUGCACAUUUGGAUUUUAUUCCAGAUAUUAUACUCUUAGCUGAUUGUGUAUACUAUGAGGAGUCCAUUUUGCCGUUAUUAGACACGCUUGAGAAUUUUUGUAAUACAAUAAAAGAUACAUAUAUUUUACUUUCCCAAGAGGAAAGAGAUACUCCUAAUCAAAUAUCUGUUUGGCAAAAAUUUAUGGCGAACUUGACUGAAAGAUUCAAAAUAGAAAACAUUGCAUUGGAAGAGCAACAUUCGUUAUUUUCAAGUUCGGAUAUACAUCUAAUGAAGUUAACGAAAAUAAAAUAGCUUUUGCAUAUACGUUUAUUAUUACUUUAGUUCUUUUUCAUUUUCAUCAAAAAAGUGAAGAAGGAAUAACUUUGUAUGUAUGUACAUUGGAAUAAAAAUUUAUUUCCAAUCUGGUAAGAAUGUAUGGAAUGCACUGUACAAUUAAACAAGUGUAAUAAACAACAAAUUAUUUAAUAUGACAAUUCAAGAAACAAUUUGUAUUAGUAUGACUGAAUUUCAAAUAAAAAUAUAUUCUUGAGAUAAGAGCAAAUUUAAUAACGAUGAAUAUGAAUAUAAUAGCUCAGUUAUAAGUUUCUUAGAGAUCUAAUUUUCUAAAUAGUUGUUUCAUUAAAAAAUUUACACAUCGAACGGAUUUUAAUAUUUAAAGCUUAUUUUAUGUUGGAAGAUU